AUGACAAAUGGACAGAAGUCCCAUGUUUGUGAAGGUUGUAAUAGAAAUCUACUAACUUCUUUAGCAUGCCCGCAAUGUAUUAAAUUAGACUUAAAACCAUCAUAUUUUUGUUCUCAAGCUUGUUUUAGGCAGAAUUGGCCCAUACAUAAAUUAAAGCAUGCUAUAAAACCUGUAGAUACUGAUAAAGUUGUCACCAAUAGAGAAGUAGUUAAUACUAAUAUUGGGGUAGAUGACAACUUACUCAAUCAAUCAAUAAAUCCAAAAGAUCCAAGAACUUGGAUUUACUGUCCUCAUAUUAAGAAAUUUGCAAAUUAUGUAGGAUUUACUGGAGAUCUGCGUCCAUAUCCAUUGAGUCCACUUAGAAAAGUACCUAAUUAUAUUGUGAAGCCUGAUUAUGCAGAUGAUAUUCAAGGUCGUCCCUUCAGCGAGAUAAAGAAGAAAAGAGAUGUUAAAAUUGACAUAGUAACACCAGAGCAGAUUAAUGCACUAAGAAAAUGCUGUUUAAUUGGUAGAGAAGCUUUAGAUCUUGCAGCAACUAUGAUAAAACCUGGAGUUACUACUGACAGUAUUGAUGAAGCUAUUCAUAACUUUAUUAUAUCUAAAGGUGGAUAUCCAUCACCACUUAACUAUUGGAACUUUCCUAAAUCAUGCUGUACAUCUGUUAAUGAGGUUAUAUGCCAUGGUAUUCCCGAUUAUCGCCCUUUAGAGGAAGGUGAUAUUGUAAAUGUUGAUAUUACGGUAUACUAUGAAGGUGUCCAUGGAGAUUUGAAUGAAACUUUCCCAGUUGGUAAGAUUGAUGAAAGUUCAAUUAAUUUACUGAGAACAGCAUACAAAUGUCUUGAUGAAGCAAUUAAAAUAUGUAAACCAGGAACAUUGUACAGGGAUAUAGGGAGAGUGAUAAAUAGGAUAACUGAUAAAAACAAUAUGUCAGUAGUACGUACCUAUUGUGGACAUGGAAUUGGUACACUGUUUCAUUGUAAUCCUAAUGUACCACAUUACAAGAACAAUAAAGCAAUUGGUGUGAUGAAAGCAGGCCAUGUAUUUACCAUAGAACCAAUGAUUAAUCUAGGGCGUUGUGAAGAUAUUACUUGGCCAGAUAACUGGACUGCUGUCACUAUAGAUGGCAAAAGAUCAGCUCAAUUUGAGCAUACACUACUAAUUACUGAUACAGGUGUUGAAGUUCUUACAAAAAGAUUACUUAGCUCACCCAAAUUAGCUUUCCUUAAUUUCUAG